AUGGGUCGGCGGAGCUUCUUCGGUGGCCGGCCCGCGGCGCCCCUGAAAUUGCCGGAGAAGCAGCACAUCCACCGCGAGUCCAUGCGCGAGGCCGUCGAGGAGGCGAAGACGGAGAUGGACCCGACGAUCGAGGGCAAGCGGAAGCGCUGGAGCCACAUCAAGAUGCUCGUGAAGAACACGGACAAGCUCUACGAGAUCAUGCUCGAGAAGGAGGAAAAAAAGGUCGUGAGCAAGAAGGUGCCGUCCUUCAUCUGGGAGCGGUCCGGCCGCGACGUCGUGCCCGUCGAGGAGGACGGCGCGCUCGAGGACGACGCGGCGCCGCCGCCGUCGCCGGCGCCGGGGUCCCUGUCGCCGUCGCCCAGCGAGCGGACCGUGGGCAACCGCGUCGAGCACCCCCAGGACCUCGCCGCGGCGCCGGCGCCGGCGGCGGACAAGCGGCUCUGGUGCGCGUGCGUGCCCGUGCUCCACCCGGACGGCAAGUUCCGGCUGCGCUGGGACGUCGCCCAGGUCGUCGCUUUGGCCUACGUCUCCCUCAUGGUGCCCAUGCGCCUCGGCUUCGACUGGAGCGCGGUCGGGGUCUGGUACGCCGUCGAGACCGCGCUCGACCUCUACUUCUUCCUCGACAUCUUCGUCAACUUCCUGACGGCGCUCUACCGGCGCGACGAGGGCCACAUCGAGGGCCUCGAGGAGCACCUGAGCCCGGGCCUCAUCAUCGACAAGCGGCGCAUCGCGCGCGCGUACCUGAGGGGGUGGUUCCUCGUCGACGCGCUCGCGUGCGCGCCCGUGGACUACUUCAUGCGCGGCGUCAACGGCACGCUCCUCUGCAGCGCCCACCCCGUGCACCCCUGCCUGCGCCAGUCGUCGGCGAGCAGCAAGGCGUCGGCGUUCCGCCUGUUCAAGAUCCUGCGGGUCUUCCGCGUGCUCAAGCUCUUCCGGCUCUUCCGCCUGAAGCGCCUCUUCAAGAAGUACCAGGACGAAUUGCUCUACUGGAUGCCCCUGAUCCAGGCGUCGAAGCUCUUCUUCAUGCUCAUCUUCGCGAGCCACUGGAUGGGCUGCGCGUACGCGACGGUGUUCCCCUUCGACGAGCGCCUGAGCCAGGGUCUCGGCGAGCGGUACGUGGACAUGGUCUACUGGGCCAUGCAGACCAUCACGACGGUGGGCUACGGCGACAUGGUGUCGACGAAAACGUCGGCGCGGCUCGUGUCGACGACCGCGAUGGCCGUCGGCGGCCUCAUCUUCGGCUGGCUCAUCCAGUACGUGCUCAACGUGCUCGACCCGGACACCUUCGAGCGGAAGCAGCAGGCGCGCAUCGAGCGCGUCAUGGGCUACCUACGGGCCAACGCCUUGCCCGUGGAGCUGUCGCAGCGCGUCAUCCGCCACGUGCGGCAGCAGAACUCGCGGCAGACCGAGGACCGCGCGGUGCUCAUGGAGCUGCCGCGCCAGCUCCGCGCGGACGUCUUCGAGCACCUGUACAAGGCGUCGCUGUCCGACGUGACCAUCUUCGCCGGCGCGUCCGUCGCCUUCCUCAACGACGUCUGCACGAAGAUCGUGCCGCUCGCGAUCCCCCAGGGGGAGGUCGUCUACGGCGAGAACGACCUCGCGGACGAGGGCACCUUCAUCGUCAACAGCGGCGAGAUCGAGCUGACGGUGCUUUCCGUCAUGCCCGAGCACCGGAACCACCACAAGAAGCACCACCACCGCCUGCCGCGCGUCGCCGUGCCCACCGCGCGGCUCACGAACGGCGCGAUCUUCGGCGAGGAGUCGUGCCUCGGCUGCAGCCGGCGCCACGACACGGCGACGGCCUGCAAGACGAGCGAACUCCUGACCAUCGCCGGCGCCGAUUUUCGGUUGGCGCUCGACCUCUUGCCCAAGCUCCGGUGGCGCAUCUUGAAGCGGCACAUCGAGCAGCGCAUGCGGCACACGCGGAACCGCCACACGACGGCCAAGGCGUUCCUGGAGAUGGACCUGCCGGAAUUGGUCGUCGGCAAGGUCCAGGACGAGGUCCUCGGCGUCAACGAGCUCACGGGCAAGACCGCGACCGUGGACCGCGACAUCUCCAUCGCCGACGACUGGCGCGAGGUUUUGAUUGGAUUGCGGGGGCCCUGGGAGGCGCGGCACACGCGGCAGCACCGCAUGGCGCCGACGGACCUGUCGAAGACGACGUCCUUCACGCGGUCCAACGACCACCUGGAGGGCGUCGCGUCGACGCAGCACGCGGGCCGCGACGACGCGGAUAACGGCCUCGCGCCGCCGUCGCGCGGCGUCGACGCGCCCGGGACGUUGGGCGCGGGCGGCGUCGACGUCGACUGGAUCCGCGCGGAGAUCCGCCAGUCGCUGCGGGACGAGUUCCAGGUCGAGCUCGGCGUCUACAAGGAGGCCGUCGCGAACGAGGUCAAGUUCGCCGUCGCGCGCGAGUUCGAGCGCGAGCUCGCCGCGUACAAGGCGCAGAUCGCCGCCGAGGUCCGGGACGCCGUCGGCCGCGAGUUCCAGCGCGAGCACGAGCUCUUCAAGCAGGAGUUCGCCGCCGAGGUCUCGGGCGCCGUCACCGCGGCGCUCGACGCGCGCUCGGGCAAGCUCGCGCCCCUAAAUUCGUAG